GAAAAAAUUCGAAAAAUUUGCAUAUCCCCUUUAUUUAUAGACUGUUAUGAGUAAUUUAACUUUUUUUCCGUUGGUGCAAUUCCAUUUCUUAGAUCACUUCUUGUCCAGCUACACCGCGUAUAACUAUUUCUAUUAAUUUCCGUUUUGUUUUGUGAAAAAUAUAAAAACAAAGUUAAUCUCCAAAUGGACCACGUAGACUCGACUGGACCUCAACAUCAACUCCAGAAGUACCUCCUGGAAACGGUAUCCAUAAUUUCCCUAAUAUGGUGCUUGAACCACUUGUGGACCCGCAGGAAGCUCUAUUGGUACGGGUUUUUACUACCAGGACCCGUUCCUCUGCCUCUAAUCGGCUCCUCCUACGCCCUCGUAGGCUCCAGCAACGACGUCCUGGAUAACCUGGUGUCGCUGCAAGACCGAUGGGACACGUGCAAAAUCUGGCUGAGGUCCACCCUGUUCAUCCUGGUGUCCAAUCCCAGGCACAUCGAGAUCAUCCUCAACGGUCCGCAAUCUAUGGAUAAAGAUCUAUUCGUCUACGAGCCUCUCACGGAGGUGCUGGGGAAUGGUUUGGUGACAGCUCCAGGAAAGAUUUGGAAGCGCCAUCGAAGGACCAUCGCUCCGUCUUUCAACCAGAAGAUCCUGGAGUCCUUCGUGAGGGUGUUCGAAGAGAAGGCCAAGCUGCUGGGGGAUAAAAUAGGCGAGCUGGUGGGGGAGAAAGGGAUCGAUUGGUAUCCAGUGGUGGCUAGAUGUACUUUGGAUAUAGUUUGCGAAACCGCGAUGGGGGUGGAUAUGAAAGUGCAAUCGAGGAAUCACCGGGGAAUCGGGGAAUGUCUCGCUACAUUGAUGGAGACGGCUAAUCGAAAAAUCUUCGACAUUUACUACAUGAACCCGGUGAUUUGGAAACUGUCGAACUUGAAGCGAACGUACGACGAAAAUAUAAAAUAUUACUUCGACAUUACAGCAGAGGUGAUCAAACAAAAAAAAUCCGAAUUGACAGACACACGCCAAGAAGAUCACAUUUCGCCGAACAAACCGGCCUUCCUCGAUUUGCUGUUGGAAAAUUCCAAUUUCACCGAAGACGAAUUGAACGCGGAAAUUCGCACUUUCCUCGCAGCGGGUACUGAAACGACCGCCGCCAGUAUAUGCGCGGUACUAACAACACUGGGAAUGUUUCCCGACGUCCAGGAAAAAGUGUACGAAGAAAUAGUGCAAGUGGUCGGCGGAGACGGCUACAUCGAAGCAGGCGAUUUGCCCCGAUUGAAAUACACCGAGAGAGUGAUCAAAGAAACCCUGAGGCUCUUCCCCGUAGCUCCCGUCUACGCCAGAUCCAUCGCCCAAGACGUUUCUCUAGAUGGUAAAGUGGUACCGGCCGGUAGCGCUGCAGUCGUACUGCCCAUUUACGUGCACAGGAGCCCCAAAUACUGGAAGGACCCGUUGAAGUUCGACCCGGAUCGGUUUCUGCCCGAAGAAUCCUCCAAGCGGCAUCCUUGCACGUAUUUGCCCUUUUCCUACGGCCUCAGGAAUUGCAUAGGUUCUAAAUACGCUUUGAUGAGCAUAAAAACGAUACUAUCCACGUUAAUUAGACGUUUUAGAGUGUAUUCGGAGUACAAAACUGUCGAGGAAAUCGAAUUGAAAUUGCAGAUGCUGCUUAAAUUCAAAGACGGCUUCAAAAUAUCCUUUGAAUACAGAUAGAAAUAAAACAAAUCGUUAUACAACAGUGUAUAUAAAUAAACGUAAUAAGCAGUAUAAAUUUAUUCAUCAUCAUCAUCGCUUGAAUCGCUCGAACUUGGAAAAUCGGAUGUAGUUUUCCUAUUUUCUUGCUCCCUCUGCUCCUUUUCGAUGUACUCGUUCUGAGCUUUAAUCACAGAUUUACUGUCCGUACACCGAGCAUAAAUCUCCAGGAGUUCCCGGUUCAAUUCCUCGAAGGAAUGCCCCCAGGAGAACUUCCCCAUGUACAGCCUGGCCUCCUGCUUGUACCCCGUUAUGUACAUGGCGGCCGCCAGGGCUUCUACGCAGCUCAACUGGCACGGUUUGCCGUAAUUCACGGGAUUCGUGGCGACCAGAAAGGGCAACAGCCGGCCGUGCGCGGGCUUCAAAGCCGCCAGGGGCGUCUCGUCGAUUUUCGCCCACGAACAGUCCACCACCGCGACGCCUUUGUGCUCUACGAUGUCCCUGUCCGAUGGGCUGACGCAUUUCUGGGCCGUAGGGGUCAAGACCAGCCCGUGGAAUCGCUGUUUGGGCUUCAGGCAUUUGACUAGGUUCAUGCGGGCGAGUUUGCGGCCGGAGCACUUCUUCGGAUCGCAUUGGUUGAAGUCCCACAUAGCCACCGGGAAGUCCGGAAUGGCCUCGCACUCGUCUUCGCUGGACGAUGAGGAUCGUUCUUCGCUUGAUUUUUCAUCGUUUAAGUCAGUGUUUUCCAGUUUAUUUACGAUAUUUUGCAUUGCCAUUUCAAAACAAGCGUCAUAACCUAUAAUUUUCUUCUUUUUUAUUAUUAAACAUGGCGGAUAUCUGUCAAUUUUUGACGACAUU